GAAAGGAUAUUCUGUAUAUAGUCUGGCUAGAUAUACAAUCUUUUUAAAUGUUGUCAAGCUGUGGGUGAUUUUCAUUCAGGAACUAAAAUGAAGGGCAAUCACUGGUUUUACAGACUGUCAGUACUACUUUUAUUGUGUGAUGUUUACACAGUCGUAAGCUGCAGCGUACACACAGCGCAGUUCUAUGGAGAACCAAGUUUGAACAAUAAAAUAUGUACUGAAUCAGACAGGAUGUUUCAAGUUUCCGCUAGAAGUAAGAUAUCUUGUUCCCAAAUGUGCGAUGUAAGCUCGGAAUGCACGAGUUUAUUUUACAACACUGCUACCAAGAGUUGCACGAUCUGCAGAGGAUCUACUAACGUAGAGGAACAGAGUGGCACCAUCUUUCUCGCCAAGCACAUUGAGUUAGUUAGCUGUGGUACACCACCAUCACCUGCUAAUGUUAAGAUAGACUACUCCGGAAGUGCUGUAUACGGUGACCAAGCAACUUACACGUGCGACCCAUGCAGUUAUUCACCAGCAGGCGGCGUAGGCGUGAUCACGUGUCAGGCGGAUGGAACGUGGACUACACCGUCUUGUGCUCCAGAUGGUCGGCCUAUACCUGAUGGAUCUAAAGGAUGUGUUUCCACUCACGGCCAGCGUUGCCUAGGGUCAUCUUUAUUACCUCAUGUAUAUAAUGCACUGAGAUCAGAUGGAAGAAUUGGUAAUUGCUGGUGUGGGAGACUUUGUUGCCUCGAAAACUUUGGAUGUUGUUUUGAUGUCGACUGCUAAACAGUAUAUUUAAAUUGCUGCCACAUAGAAUGGACAACAAAGAGUGCAUACCCCAGUACAACAGUACCUAUUUUCCUCAACGAAGCUACUUGUUAUUCUCAUUUUCUUUCUGUGUUAGUAUUAAACUUUGAUCAUAAAUCUAGUUUCUGGCCUCCUUUUUCUGGAAUGUUGGAGUGGACAAGGAGGAUAUUUCAUGGAGUCAAGAAAAAUCUUUCUUUGAUUAUAUUGUAACUUUUUUUAUAACUGGCCGUAGGGAAAAAUCGAGACAACUUUUCUG